CGUCCUUGAACUCCUUGGGAAUCUCGAGUUUUUCGGUUCAUUGCUAUAAUCCAACCGAGUCUGUGAACAACCUACAUUUCCCAAAACGAAGGUCCAGUGAACGACGAAAGCGAGCCGAUUCAAACUACAUACCUUUUUGAUAUCCAUCAUGCCACCAACGAACCAAGAGCUCUCCCUCCUUAUAAACCCUCUCGUCCCAGAAUCAGUCGCACAUAACACCCGCACGCUUUCGAACAUCCAUUCCAUCACUUCCUUCCUACUCGGCCUAGCCGCUGGCAUCCUCGGCCUCCAGUCCUCCGGCGGGUUUAUAUUCUAUCUUCUCGGCACACUAUUCGUCUCGUUUCUCUUCCAUGCGUUGCUGAUCGGGUUCGACGGUAAGCGAACGAGUGGUGGGUUCGGUGUUGGUGCGUAUUUCCCCGGGAGCGGAGAGAUUGUUGGUCAGGGGAAAGGAUUGAGGAGACGAGGGGCGUGGAGAGAUGUUUGGCUCAGUGGCGGCGUGUCUGGGGAAGCGUUGAGCGGAUUCGUGCUAGGAUGGGCGGGGGUUGGGGGUGUGUUAAGAUGAUGCUAUACAGUGGUCUGGGGCUGAUGAGGACAUUGUAUGUACUAUAUAUUGGGCUUAUUUUGUGUGUGAGGCUUCUUUUCUUUUUUUCACCUGCGUUGGUUGUAUAGCUAAUGAAGCCAUUUUGCCCAA